AUGGGUGUUUUCAACAGACGUAGUAGUGGUGAUUCGAGCAGCCAUGGUUCCACCGGUUCAAACGAAGUGAAGAUUACAAAGGAAGACCGUCAGCAUUUGAAAGUUCGGACUGCAUCGGUUCAUGAUCCUAUCCUUGAGGCGGUGCAAGAGAUGCAGCCCUUCGAGCAAGCAGCAGACACGUUCCAGGGCAAUAUGAACAGACAGUCGCACGUGCCCACGGGGGAGUUGAAGGACGUGUUUGGACAACCUAUCCAGCAACCUGAUGUGUCUAACCCCACGCGGUCACGUGACGAGCGUCCGUUGGAUACGAUUAGAGGCUUUGAGUAUUCAAUCUCUGGAGAUCCGACUUGGUCGCAGCAGCUAGAAACGCCACAGUACGGGUUUAGGGUCAGGCCCGGGUUCCAGGCGUAUACUGGUGGUGUUGCAGGCAAUGGGAACGACCAUCAUGGGUACCCAUCGAACUUGAAUAUGAAUACGAAUACGACGAAUUCGUACCAGCAACAAGGUGUGUAUCAGGCACCCGUUUCUGAUGCGAAUAAGGAACAGAAGACGAAGAAAAAGAGAGGGUUUUUCGGCAGGAAGAAGAAGGACUGA